AUGUAUUUUUCUGCACUUAUCCUUUUUCUGAUCUCGUUGCUGAGCAUCACGGCUGCCCUGCCGGUUUCCGGGACCGGCAGCAAUAAUGAGAAUGGUCGUGCCGUGAACACCCUCUUCUCCAAAAAUGGCAUCUGGGUGUUUCAUGAUGGCUCUCGCGGCUCUCUCGAUCAUAUAUCCGGCCUAGGAUCCAUCAACAUCCCACCACCGGCAAUCGACAACCCAUGCCAUCAUAAAGGCCCGCUACGAUGUCCUCCACUGACCCCGAACCCAGUGACGAGCAUCCCGCAUCGCAAUAAUUGCGUCAAAGAAUCCAACCGAUUCGGCACAGAAGGCACGCUCGAUUCGCUGUGGAACGUCGAGAGGAUUCUGACGCCGGUGGGAAUACUGGUCGUGAUGAUAUGGCUGGGGUUUGUGGCGGUUGGGCUUGUUGCUAUUGUGGAUUAUGUGUGGAUGCGAUGGGGGAGGGGAUGUAGUGGUUAUCCAGGCGCUGAAGUGGUUGAAGUUGGGCAUGAGGAGAAAGCAGAAGCUAAUUAA